CUCCUCCCCCGUCGAACAAGACGACAAAAAUGUUCGAAGUUUCCAACGCCCCGGCCUCGCGAUUUACCUUUCCCGACGCGGCGAUGGCGCCUCCCCCUCCGCCUCCCACUCCACUCCAACCAGCCAGCGGAUCGCGCCGCCUCGCCCGCCUCGAGCUCCCCGUCGAGCCCCGGAGACUCCCAUGGCGUGCUCGUCCUUGGCCACGGCCGCGGCGGGGUGGCUGGUGUCGCCGUUUCUCGACUGCCUGAGCGACCGGAUCCGCUCCUGCGCCGACGACCUCUUCCGCUACCUCCCCUCGGGGUCCGCCUCCGCCGACCUCGAGCGCCUACAGGACUACCUCCUCUGCCUCCGCGCGUUCGCCUCCGCCGUGGAGCGCGCCCGGCGCCGCACGUCCCACCCCACCCUCCUCGCCUGGCUCAACCGCCUCAAGGACGCCGCGGACGACGCCGACGACAUCAUCGACGAAAUCCGCUAUAGAAGCCUUGCGGAUGCCCUCCCCGGACCCAGCGCCGAUUUCUGCGGCAUCCUCGACACCCCCGGCUCGGUCUGCAGCCACCUGGCAUCAGUAUGCUCCGACCACCCCUUCAAACGGUUGCCCUCCGUUCUCGACAAGCUCGCCACCGCCUGCGCGGACUACGCCCCAAUCGCAUCCCUCGUCGGGCUCGAUGGGGCCGACUCUCCGCAGCGCGGGAAUCGGCUCGCCAGGAACUCUAGCUCCAUCAUGCCGGCUGACGAUGCAUUCUUCGGCCGCCAACGUGAGCUAGCCGUUCUGGUCGAAACUUUAGUUGGUUGCAGUGGUUCUUCUCGACUCGGCAACCACAGUGUCCCGGUUGUUGCCAUUGUUGGAGAUGGUGGGAUUGGCAAGACGAAACUGGCUCAGAUGGUGUUUAAUCAUGCGGUCAUUCAAGAGCACUUUUAUCCCCGGAUGUGGGUGUGUGCCUCGAGUCAUGUGGAUGAUGUGAGGCUUACUAGGGAGAUACUGCAGGCCGCUACUGAUUGGAAGGUGGACUAUGAUGGGAUUUUGAAUUUUGAUAGGUUGCAAAAUUUGCUGGCUUCUUCUGUUGCAGGGAGGAGGUUCUUGCUUAUCUUGGAUGAUGUUUGGGAUGACAAGGAGAUGGGCACGUGGGAGAACGGGGAGAGGUGGAAGAAGCUACUAGCUCCCCUGCAGCAUGGGAAGCAAGAGAGCAGGAUCAUCGUGACGACACGGAUGAAGAUGGUUGCUGACAUGCUAGGUGUGAGGAUUCCAAUGAUGUUGGGCGGGUUGGGACUGGAAGACCAUUGGUUGCUUCUCAAGAAGUGUGCACUAGGUAGUAAGGAUAGUCAUGAGCACCCGCAUUUGCAGGAGAUUGGGAGGAAAAUUGCAUUGAAUCUUAAGGGAUCCCCUCUUGCUGCCAGAAUUAUUGGUGGGAUGCUCAGUAAUACUCGAAAUGCAAGAUAUUGGAAUAAUAUCUUGGAGACAGAAAUCCAUGAUGACAUUGUCUCGACGCUUUUGUCAAGUUAUUAUCAUCUCCCUCAGCACUUGCAGUAUUGCUUUGCGUAUUGCAGCAUAUUUCCAAAGAAUUGGAAGUUUGAGCGAAAGAAAUUGGUCAGAAUGUGGAUAUCACAGGGUUUCGUUCAGAUGAAAAAUGGGAAUAUGGAGGAUUUAGGCAUACAGUAUUUCAAACAACUGUUGGCAAGAUCAUUCUUUCAUACUCUUAGGCAGGGAAACAGAACGCACUAUGUCAUGCAUGACCUGAUUCAUGAUUUGGCACAAAUGGUUUCCCACUCCGAUUGUGCUAGGAUUGAAAGUGACACGUAUAAAAGCAUACCCUCGACUGUUAGACAUGUAUCUGUUUUAAGCAACUUCCUACCGCACCUCAAGAAGCAAUGUGACUUGAGAAGAUUACGGACAUUAAUUGUAUACAAAGAUUCACCAAUGACCUCAAGUACUAUCCCAGAUGAUUUUCUUGCUGAGGUAAAGAAUGUACGCACUUUAGAUCUCACAGGAUGCCUUAUGUCAGAGCUACCUAAAGCAAUCGGUUGCCUAAUUCAUCUGCGCUACAUAGCACUUCCUGAUACUAUCAAGACGCUAUCUGAAUCUGUGAGCAUAUUACUGCAUCUCCAGACUCUUGAUAUUCCAAAGAAGUGUCAGCUCGAUAGAUUUCCUGGGGGUAUGCACCGGUUGGUCAGCUUGCGGCAUCUUGGCGUAGAUUUGAAGUACAUUGCAAUGAUAAGAGGUAUUGGUAGUCUUGUUAAGCUUCAAGGGUCUGUUGAAUUCCAUGUCAAAACAGAAAUUGGGCAUACCUUAGAGGAGUUGAAGGAUAUGAAAGACCUUCAUGGUCUACUUCACAUUAAGAAUCUGGAAAAUGUUACAUGCAAGGAAGAAGCUUGCAACGCGCAACUGUGCGAUAAGCGAUUUCUUAAAAUUCUGAAACUUGAGUGGAGCUCCGCAGGUUCAACUUUUGGUCCCAGGACCAGCAUGGAUGCCAAAGUAUUACAAUGCUUAGGACCUAACGAAAACCUGGAAGAGCUUCAUAUCAAAAGGUACAAUGGGGAAUCAUCACCAAGCUGGUUGGAUGUGAACAUUUCGGAGGUGAAAAUUCUGCCCCAGCUAAAGUCCUUGUGUCUGACAAACUGCAGAAGGUGGAAACUACUUCCUCCACUCGGACAGCUCCCAUUUCUGAGGGUGUUGCACCUUAAGGAGAUGUGCUCUGUUACUGAAAUUGGAAUUGAAUUCUAUGGUGGUGGCAAUGUGACAUUCCCAUCACUGAAGGAGCUUGAAUUUGAUGACAUGCCAAGCUUAGUUAGUUGGAUUGGAGGAAUCAGUGACUCAUUUUUUCCUUCCCUGAAAAAAUUGAAGAUUUUAAACUGUCCAAAAUUGAUCAAAGUGCCCUUGCUUCCUCCGACAACAAAAAGUGUGACAGUAGAAAGAACUCGAAAGAUUUCUAAUCUCAAAAUGACCCCUUAUGGUUCAUCUAAAUCAGGCAAAUUCGUUUUAGAAAUUUCUCCUGCAAGCAUAUUGUGCGAAGGGUUCUUACAUCAGAAACACCUUGAAGCUACUGAGGUUCUAAACAUAAGAGGUUGUUGGGGUUUGGAGCUUGCUGAAGGAUUUCAGUUACUAGCAUCACUAAGAAAACUGCGACUAUCCCAGUGCAACAUGGAUGGUGAACAGCUGAGUUUGUGUUUGGAGUACUUAAAUGGUCUUGCCUCGUUAGACAUAGUUGACUGCCAGAAUAUCACAUCUUUACUCUUGCCAGUAGGUUCAAGGCAUUUUAAAACACUCCAGGCUUUGUGCUUUCAGGAUUGCCAGAUGCUUUCCUCCUUGGCUAACCUGGAAAGCUUUGUUGACCUAAAAAGUUUGAUCAUUGAGAGGUGCAUAAGAGUUACAACAGCGUCCUUACCAGCUGAGCUGAAGGGAAUGGAAUCUCUUAACAAACUGAGCAUCUCGCACUGCCCAGGGCUUCAAUCACUACCAAACAACAUGCCAUUGUCCCUGGAAUUUCUUCAUUUGAUUGGGUGCCAUCCAGUCUUGACUCAGUGGCUCCAUGAGAAACAAGGUCCAGAGUGGGAGAGAUUACCUUUGUCUCAAAUCACAAUAUACUAAAGUGAUACCUUCCCUUUUUUUGUGGUACCUGUCUUGCUAAAUGGAAGUAAGAUGGCGGAAAAAAGAUUUGGAUUUUGGACAUGAAGCUGAUGCUUAGGAUCCUCUACACAGUUGAAAUAGGUUGUCAGCAAACAUAAUUGCAGUGCCUUAAAUCUGACGUCUGGAGAUUUCACUUCAAAGCUUCAUUAGGAAACAAUCAUGAAGAAGUUUCAGGACAUGGACAAGUUCCCUUGAUAUGUUCACCCCACCUCGCUUCAAUGCAUCAUCUGCCAGCUCAAGGAGGAUGUGAUAUCCACUGCAUCAUUCAAGUGAGGAACGAGGGAAACCAAAAUAUCUCUGUCUUCAUCUGUUCAUCUGUUACGUCACUUUUCUUAAGGUCGCUUUGCUUCAGCGUUACAGUUAAUCCAGAACAUGCAGACAUUUAGGAAGGUAUACUCCAGGCAGCUGCAGUAUAUCUUCUAAUUGAGGUGUUUGAAGAAUGAGCAGAUCAUAGUCCUUGCGAGAGAUGGGGACGGAUUACUGUAUACCUUGCCAAAUUAACAAUGAUUUUAAUAGGGGUACAUGAUAUGUCCUCUGUGUUGUAUGUAAAUGUUUAAAAUUAAUAUUAUUAUUUAUCAUUUACAUGAAUUAUAUUCAAUCAAUAGAGAAUAUAUUCA